CUUAGCCAUCGUUUCGAUUUGAUCGACGUAUUCAGCAAUCUGUUGAAAUAUCGCUUUCUUUUCUCUGAUCGCUAACAAAGGAGCGAAACGCAUACCCGCAUUGACCGUGUCUCUCAUGCUUCGAGGGCAUUUGGCUUCAGCGCAGGCGCACAAACCCCGCCUCUCUCCUGUGCUGUGUGCAUUCGCAUUGUGUCUAAACAGGCAGCGAGCAAAAAGAUAUUUUACCAACAGCAGUAAUGUCGGGCAGGUCGGUUCGAGCGGAGACGCGGAGCAGGGCGAAAGAUGACAUCAAGCGGGUUAUGGCUGCAAUUGAAAAAGUGCGGAAAUGGGAGAAGAAAUGGGUGACUGUUGGUGACACGUCACUACGAAUCUACAAGUGGGUACCAGUGACAGAGCCCAAGUCAGAUGAUAAGAACAAAAACAAGAAGAAAGGCAAAGAUGACAAGUAUGGCUCUGAGGUCACGACCCCUGAGAACAGCUCCUCUCCUGGAAUGAUGGAUAUGCAUGACGAUAACAGUAACCAGAGCUCCAUUGCAGACUCCUCCCCAUUGAAGCAGGAGAACAGCACCAACACUAGUCCUGCACCUGAACCCAUGGCAGCUUCUCAGAGUGACAGCAAUGACUUGAAAAGUGACCUAUAUCCCUCCAAACAGCCUUCUUCUGGUCAGGAUCAUAAGAGUGAACAAAACCACUGCUCAUCAGAGUCUAGGACAGCCAAAAGGGACAGCAAGUCACAAGGAGAUUCGGAGCACUUUUUAGACUCUUCCAAAUCGGCCCAGGAAUUGGAAGAUGGGGCUCCCUCAAACAAAAAAGGAAAAAUCGAUUCUUCCUCUGAAGAAAGUUAACUAUCUUCUACCAGCUGUUAUGCAUUUGCGAUCCCAGUCUCUUAUCCCGAAACACAUCACAACAUAAAGGAGGUUUUUCUUCAGUUCUACACUUAUCCCUACUGCCAUCUAUUCACUUUAAACCAGAACCCUGUCUUUUGCUGUCAGUUUUAGUGUAAAGGGCAUGUCUGGAUCGUCUUUGUAUGAGUUAAGGCAAUGAAUCAAGCUGUGAGAUAGUGUACUGAUCCUAAAACAGUUCAUGCUGCCCUACAAUCACUACGUGCUGUUUCUUUUGCCAAGAUCAGUAUUGUCAAUUGAAAUGGCACUGGAACUGCCAUAGUUUUUCUAAAUUGGCAUUAUCAACUGCC